AUGGAUGAUCAAGAAUUCACCGAUUUAAUACCUGGUCUACCCGAAGAACUCGCCCUGGAAUGUCUGACCCGGCUGCACUACUCAGCCCACGGGGUCUCUUCCAGUGUCUGCAGACGCUGGCGCAGUCUUCUCCAAAGCACGGAUUUUUACUACCACAGGAAGCAAUCCGGCUUCACACGCAAGGCCGCUUGCUUGGUCCAAUCCCUUCCGACUCAGUCCGAGUCCAAACCCUCGGGGCCACCCAGGUACGGGCUCACGCUGUUCGACCCGGCGGCACUCAGCUGGGAACGGGUCGACCCGGUUCCCAAAUACCCGGAUGGGCUGCCCCUGUUCUGCCAGGUGGUCAGCACGGAGGGGAAGCUCGUGCUGAUGGGAGGGUGGGCCCCAUCCAGCUGGGAACCGGUGAGGGACGUCUUUGUUUACGAGUUCACGACUCGGGCGUGGACUCAGUGCGCCGACAUGCCCUCGACCCGGUCCUUCUUCGCGAUCGGGGCGUUCGGCGGAAGGGUUUUCGUCGCCGGGGGGCACGACGAGAGUAAAAACGCGUUGAGUUCCGCGUGGGUCUUCGACGUGAAGAGGAACGAGUGGUCCGAGUUGACUCGGAUGAGCGAGGAGCGGGACGAGUGCGAGGGGGUCGUGGUCGGGUCAGAGUUCUGGGUCGUGAGCGGGUACGGCACUGAGACGCAGGGUGCGUUCAAGAGCAGUGCCGAGGUUUAUGAUAUCGGGUCGGGUCAGUGGAGGCGGGUGGAGGAUGCGUGGCGGGUCAGCCGGUGCCCCAGGUCCUCGGUGGGGGUGGCAAAUGGGAAUUCGCUGGUUUGCUGGGCGGAGGCGGACUCGGCCGUACGGGUUGGGGCGUGCGUAGUGGAUCUCGGGGACCCGAUUCUGGUGACCGGCUCGGCUUAUCAGGGGGCGCCAAUUGGGUUCUAUUUAAUGGAAGGGCAGAAAGGUAAAUUGGCCAAGGUGGAAGUGCCGGAUGAGUAUGCAGCUGGGUUAGUGCAAUCAGGGUGCUGUGUGGAAAUCUAA